GUCUACCUCUUUAACCUAACCCCCUUCCUCUCUCUAGAGAGGACAGGGUUGGCUCCAAGUUCUAAAAUCCGGUCCAUCUCUCCGAGAACUAACCGGGGAGAGAUAUUGAUUAGGGUCGCUCCAAGUUAUGAACAGCACUGCACGUCUCAGAAGCAUCUGCUCGAUCUGUUUUUAUCGAAAAUAAGCGAUGCCCGGUGUCGGUUUUCUCUAGUGCAUGGAUCAGAGGGGUCUUUCCUAAAGAUCUCGACGUUGCACUCCUAGGAGAAGUUCGCAGAGUUUGAAGCACGGGAAGUCAUAUCUGGUAAAAUGGCAGACCUGGCGACCAUACCUAGUGACGUUGAAGCCCGCUUUAGUUCUUUGGAGCUAAUUGGCAGAGGAUCCUUUGGGGAUGUAUUCAAGGGAUUUGACAAGGAGUUAAAUAAAGAGGUUGCCAUUAAGGUUAUCGAUUUGGAAGAAGCAGAGGAUGAAAUCGACGACAUACAAAAGGAGAUAUCAGUUCUAUCACAAUGUCGUUCACCUUAUAUUACUGAUUACUAUGGUUCAUACCUUCAUCAAACAAAACUAUGGAUAGUUAUGGAGUACAUGGCUGGUGGCUCUGUGUCAGACCUGCUCCAAACAGGCCCUCCAUUGGAUGAAAUGUCUAUAGCAUGCAUUUUACGCGAUCUGCUACAUGCUAUCGAGUAUCUUCACAAUGAAGGGAAGAUUCAUAGGGAUAUCAAAGCUGCAAACAUCUUGCUGACAGAGAAUGGAGAUGUGAAGGUUGCUGACUUUGGUGUUUCUGCUCAGUUAACACGUACAGUUUCUAGGAGAAAGACUUUUGUUGGAACACCCUUUUGGAUGGCUCCAGAGGUUAUUCAAAAUUCAGAGGGUUACAAUGAGAAGGCAGAUAUAUGGUCCUUGGGAAUAACUGCAAUAGAGAUGGCCAGAGGAGAGCCUCCUUUGGCAGACCUUCAUCCAAUGAGGGUUCUUUUUAUGAUACCUAGAGAAAAUCCACCUCAGCUGGAUGAGCACUUCUCAAGGCCGAUGAAAGAGUUUGUCUCCUUGUGCUUGAAAAAGGUCCCAGCCGAGAGGCCUAGUGCGAAAGAACUUCUGAAGCAUCGAUUUAUCCGAAAUGCAAGGAAAAGUCCAAAACUGUUGGAAAGAAUUAGGGAACGUCCAAAAAUCCUGGUUAAAGAGGGUAUUGGAUCUCAGAUGAAUGACUAUAAAGUUGAAGAUGCUAGUACGGUCCGGAUACCGAAAGGUGUAAGAGAUGAAGAUGCCGCACGAGCCAGCCCUGGAAAGAUUCCCAAAGAUGAUGGUUGGGAUUUCAGCAUGGGCAGUAACCAGGGUACAGGAACUAUUCGUAGUGCUGUAAAGCCACCUCAGGCUGCUGCACCACGAGAUAAAAAGUCAGAAACAACAUAUGGCCAUGGUCUUCCAAGAAAACAUUCAGAGAAAGAUGGUUUGUGGCCUUCCCCAUCUGGCAGUAGUGUACAAGAGCCAUUGUCUAACACUUCUCAGGAGGGGGAUUCAAAAAGUUACACUGACGCUGAAAGAGAAGACUUCUCUCUAGAGGAUGACAAAUUGUCAGUGAGCAGCUCUGGCACAAUGAUAGUUCGGACUCCAAGAACAAAAUCUCCAUCAUCAUUCAAUAGUCCCAUGUCUGUGCAAAACAGCCAGAAUAUGCUGGAUGAUGAUAUUGGAAGUGGCACAAUUGUCAUCCGUGUUCAGCAUGAUGAGAUGGAAUCUUCAUCUAGAACUCCUAAGUCCAGAUUAGGCAUUCAAGAGAAAACAUCAAAUGCAUCAAUGGAGGAUAGUGCCACAAAUCUUGCAGAGGCUAAAGCGGCACUGCAAGCAGGGAGAAGGGGAAAUGCUCGGGACAGAUUGGGACGGGGAAAGCUCAAUGCUGAUGCUCAAGAAACAAAACUAGGAGGCUGGGCACCAAGGCCAAAUUCCACUAGAAGUUCUCUUGAAAGCUUGGAUGCACCUAAAUCAGAACUUCAAUUGCGUCGAUCAAGUGAUGAAAAUGUGAAGAAAAUGCCUCUUCCAGUAGUUUCAUCACCAGCACUGUCUUCGUUGCUAAUUCCUGCUUUGAAAGAGGCUGCUGGUGAAGAAUCAGCAGGAUCUAUUGCAUGUGCUGUAUCUGAUUCACUAACAUAUCUUGAACACCAUAUUCCUGGUUCAUGUGAAGUUCUUGUCUGCAAGUUGCUUCAACAGCUCAGAAGGUCAGAGGACUCCUCUAUAAAGGGUCUCCAAGAAUUGGCAGCUAGCAUGUUUUCAAAGAGCAUUACGGAACCAGAGAGCAUUGCGAAAAACGAACAAUUGAAAUCAGAGGACAGGAAGAUGUCUGAUCUUUCAGACAAAACAAAUUUAAGCCCACUAGGAAAGUUUCUUCUGUCAAGGUGGCAGGGGCAGGUUUCACGAGACCUGAAGUCAGUAUAGUGGGAGUAUUUUGAAUUUUUUGGUUCUGCUGCCCUUUGUAUGCUUUGUAUGUUAUAUUCAUUUUGAUGUACAUAUCAUUUUGGUUCUGCAUAGCAGCGUGUUGUCUUUUUUGAUUUUUCACUAUGUUUUCACUCUGAUGGGAUUUCAUAUACCUAUCAUUUUAAAUUCAAUACGAGCUUAUCUUUUUACGAUAGAAA